AUGAAGCUCUCGGCGUGGCAGCAGAGCUACCUCAACCGCCGGAGCAACAGUUUCAGAGGACAGUUGGACACCUCCGGCGAAUCCGCCGGCAUGUCUCCGCUCACCACCUUCUGGUUCCUCCUCCACUCCGCCUUCUGCCUCAUCAGCGUCGUUCUAGGUUUCCGCUUCUCCCGACUCGUCUUCCUGUUCUUCUUCUCCGCCGCCUCCACCAACUUCUCUGCAUUCCGCGGCGGCGAAAUCUCCGCUCCGCUCGUAAUGCAUUCUUCCCUCGCCACGAACCCGAUCAAAACCAUCGCCAGUCCGGCAAACCAGACCGGCGGCAGCCGCGUGCUGGUUGGGCGGCACGGGAUCCGAGUCCGGCCGUGGCCACAUCCGAAUCCCGAGGAAGUUAUGAAGGCGCACCGAAUAAUCGAGAGAGUUCAGAGGGAGCAGAGGGCGCUGUUCGGAGUGAAGAAAGCGAAAACGAUUGUUGCAGUCACGCCGACACACGUACGCACUUUCCAGAAGCUGCACUUGAGUGGCGUGAUGCACUCGCUGAUGCUCGUGCCGUACGAUGUCAUUUGGAUCGUGGUGGAGGCUGGACGAGUCACCAACGAGACUGCUUCCAUCAUCGCCAAGUCAGGACUCAGAACCAUCCACGUUGGUUUCAAUCACCGAAUGCCGAUUUCUUGGGACGACAGACACAAAUUGGAGGCUCAAAUGCGCCUUCGUGCCUUAAGGAUUGUGAGAAAAGAGAGGCUGGAUGGAAUUGUGAUGUUUGCGGAUGAUAGCAAUAUGCAUAGCAUGGAGCUGUUUGAUGAGAUUCAAAGUGUGAAGUGGAUUGGUGCAGUUUCGGUUGGAAUUCUUGUUCAUUCAGGUGGUACGGAGGAAUCUUCCUCCUUUCAGGGAGAGGAGGAGACCCCACCAUUUCCGGUGCAAGGUCCUGCCUGUAAUGCGACCAAUAAUCUGGUUGGGUGGCAUACCUUUAAUUCAUUGCGCUAUGCUGGAAAAAGUGCAGUUUACAUAGAUGAUCCGGCACCUGUGCUACCUAGGAAGCUUGAGUGGGCUGGGUUUGUGUUCAAUUCUAGGUUGCUUUGGAGGGAUCUCGAUGAUAGGCCACAAUGGAUUAAGGAUCUUGAAGUAUUAGAUGGGGUUGAUGAGGAUAUAGAAAGUCCACUGUCUCUGCUCAGGGACACCUCCGUGGUUGAACCACUUGGAAGUUGUGGACGCCAUGUUUUGCUUUGGUGGCUGCGGGUUGAAGCUCGCACAGACAGCAAAUUCCCUGCUCGGCUCUUGGAGUUGAUGAGCCGACUAUUCAAACAUUGCACCAUGGAUCCUUUGGUUCUUUGGAGGGUUGUGCAUAAGGAUGGUGUUUGGCUGGGUAUUGAAACUUACAACACAAGCUAUCUCUUGAAACCUGAGAUGGACACGGGUUUUUGGGUUAUGGUAUGGUCACGAAGUUCAUUUGGCUUGGGCAAGUUGGAUGGGAUGGAGGGUGGUGUGGUGGUUUAUUUUAUGGUCGCUCUUGGUGAUUAA